GAUCUUCGAGUCGCCCAGUCGGUCAUGAGCGCCCGUGGAGCAACCAGUUUGCCGAAGCGUCCCUGAGUGCUCCCCCCUUUUGCGCUCGCGCCGAGAAACCACUCUUUGGAUUACCUUUCCGGAGCGGCGGGCCAGCGCUUCGACGACUCCCGUGUCCAGCGCGAAAGCCAGCGGGAGACGGAAACACUCGUGAUGCGGUGACAUCGGCCCGAACCAAGGGGCGUCGGACCCCGCAAUAACACCGUCGCAGAGGGGGCCAGCGGGCCGCCCUCCGACCAGGUGGCGCCAUGAAGACCGGCACCAAAGACGGCCUGCUCUCGGACGAGGACAACUCCUUCGACGAAGACGACGAGACCACGCCGCUGAACGCCGCCUACGCCAGCCGUCGGAACAGCCAGGACAACAAAGGAUGGGACGUGUUCGUGGUAACCCCGAACGACGAGGAGGACGAGACCGUCAACUCCAAAUGGGUGGAAAUCACGCUCAAGGUGCUCAAGGUGGUCACCUACUUCAUCACCUUCUGCCUGGUGCUCUCCUCGUCCGCGGUCUCCAAGGGCACGCUGCUCUUCAUCGUUUCCCACAUCGCUAAGAGGACCGUGCCCGUCUGCAGAAACGGCCUCGCCGUUGAACGCGACAAGGACCAUGAAGCAACAAUAUCAGACAUCGAAAAGAUUGCCUGGCUAUGGGUGCUCUUCUUUAUACUCAUAAUCCCGGAGCUAUUCACACUCUUCCGAAGCAGCAGGAUAUGUGUCUUCAAAUCCUACCGACGGCCAGACAAAAGCACAUUUUUCACAGUGUUCCUCAUGGAGACGUUGCACACGGUCGGGCUCUGUAUGCUCGUAUUCGUCGUCCUGCCCGACCUGGACGUGGUCAAGGGUGCCAUGCUCACCAACUGCGUCUGCUUCGUGCCGGCCUUCUUCAGCAUGCUCUCGCACUACAAGGGCGAGAGCAAGCGCAUCGCCAAGCUCAUCCUGGACGCGCUCAGCUUGCUGGCGCAGGCCACCGGCUUCGUAAUCUGGCCCUGGGUGGUGACCGGACCGCGCACCUGGGCCGUGCCCAUCGCCGUGUUUCUCACGUCGUUCCGCUGGUGGGAGAACUACGUGGAUCGGCGUUCUCCCAUCCGGUUCGUCUCCCGGCUGGCCGAGAUGAAGGACGACUUGCGGAAGAGCCGCUACUUCACCUACAUCUUCGUCUCCUGCUGGAAGAUUCUGGUCAUACUGGGCUGCAUGAUGGGCUUCAUGAACCUGACCAUGGACAACGUGCUCACCGUAUUCCGCAACUUCGCCUCCGGUUUUCGCACCCACAAGAUCAACGUGGUCCAGGUGCGGAGUCACACGCUGGGCGACCUUCCCGACCUACCGACUGCGAGCCCGCUGGACGACGACGUGACCAUAGUGGCGAGCGAGUGGACGCCCAUCUUUGUCGCGGGCAUCCAGGUCUUGUCCAGCCUGCUCUGCUACGUGUCGGCCAAGUUCGCCUGCAAGAUCUGCAUCCAGGGCUUCAGCUUUGCCUUCCCCGUGAGCUUGACCAUUCCAGUGUCCAUAUCGCUGCUCAUCGCGGCUUGCGGCAUGCGCACGGAAGACGUGUGCUUCUUCGAGAGCUACAUCCCCAAGUACCUCUUCUGGAGGUGUCCCGCCGGAGAGUUCUUCCAAGAGUUCAUAACCACUCAGCACGCUUGGAUAUGGCUCGCCUGGCUGUUGUCGCAGACCUGGAUAGCGGUGCACAUCUGGAUGCCAAAAUGCGAGAGGCUCGCCAGCACUGAAAAGCUCUUCGUGAACCCAAUGUACUGCGGCGCCUUGAUCGACCAGUCGCUAGCAUUGAACAGGAGAAGGGAUGACGAAGGUGAAAUCAAGAGCGAUGAACUUGCCCUGGACGCACACGACGACAACGACAUAUCGCAGUACUACGAGACCAUAUCGAUCCACUACCGAAUCCUCGAGCAACCAGAACGGCAGGGCAGCGUCGUGCGCAAGACUGCGGAUCACAUCAUUCGAAUCUACGCCUGCGCCACCAUGUGGCAUGAAACUGCCGAAGAAAUGAUACAGAUGUUGAAGUCUGUCAUCAGGAUGGACGAAGAUCAAAGUGCCCGAAGAAAUGCUCAAAAGUACCUGCGCAUCGUCGAUCCAGAUUAUUACGAAUUCGAAGUCCACGUCUUCUUCGACGACGCCUUUGAAUUGAGCGACGACAACGACGAAGAGAUGGUCGUGAACCGAUUCGUCAAGCAGAUGGUGCGUGUGAUCGACACAGCUGCUAGUAACGUCCACCAGUGCAACAUCCGUCUGAAGCCCCAGAAGCUGCCCACUCCGUACGGCGGCCGACUCGUGUGGCAGAUGCCGGGCAAGAACAAACUGAUCGCUCACCUCAAGGACAAGGGCAAGAUCAGGCACCGAAAGCGCUGGUCGCAGGUCAUGUACAUGUACUACCUGCUGGGCCACAAGCUCAUGGAGCUGCCCAUCGACGUGAGCCGCAAGGCGGUCAUGGCCGAGAACACCUUCGUUCUGGCGCUGGACGGGGACAUCAACUUCCGGCCGCACGCCGUCCAACUGCUCGUGGACUUGAUGAAGAAAAACCGUGGUCUGGGCGCCGCUUGUGGCCGCAUCCACCCCGUCGGCACAGGCCCCAUGGUGUGGUACCAGAAGUUCGAGUACGCCAUCGGUCACUGGCUGCAGAAAGCCACCGAGCACAUGAUCGGCUGCGUGCUUUGCAGCCCCGGAUGUUUCUCCCUCUUCCGCGCCAAGGCUCUUAUGGACGACAACGUGAUGCGUCGGUACACCGCCCGCUCAGACGAGGCUCUGCACUACGUGCAGUAUGAUCAAGGGGAGGACCGUUGGCUGUGCACGCUGCUACUGCAGCGAGGAUACCGGGUCGAGUACAGUGCCGCCUCAGACGCCUACACGCACUGUCCCGAAGGCUUCGGCGAGUUCUACACACAGCGGCGUCGCUGGGCGCCCUCGACCAUGGCCAACAUCAUGGACUUGCUGGGAGACUACAAGCGCACCGUGGCCAUCAACGACAACAUCUCGUUUCCCUACAUCAUCUACCAGGGCAUGCUCAUGGUGGGCACCAUCCUGGGCCCCGGGACCAUCUUCCUCAUGUUGGUCGGUGCCAUGGUGGCCGCCUUCAAGAUCUCCAACUGGAUCUCCUUCUCGUACAACAUCGUGCCCAUCUUGCUCUUCAUGCUCAUCUGCUUUACCACCAAGAACGACAUCCAGAUUAUAGUGGCUCAAAUAAUGAGCGCCUCGUACGCCCUACUCAUGAUGGCCGUGCUCGUCGGUACGGCCAUCCAGGUAGCCGAAGACGGCGUCGGUUCCCCGUCGGCCAUUUUCCUCAUAUCUUUAUCGAGCAGCUUCUUCGUGGCCGCGCUAAUGCACCCGCAGGAGUUUAUGUGCAUCGUACCGGGCCUGCUGUACUUCCUCAGCGUGCCGUCCAUGUACCUGCUCCUGAUCCUGUACUCUCUGAUCAACCUGAACGUCGUCACAUGGGGUACACGAGAGGUCCAGACCAAGAAGACCAAGAAGGAGAUGGAGGAAGAGCGGAAGCUCGAGGAGGAGUUGCAGAAGAAAAAGAAAAAGGGCGGACUCUUGGGACUUCUGGACCUCAGCGGCAAAGGCAGCGACGAAGGCAUGUUCGGACUUCAGGGGCUCUUCACGUGCAUGCUGUGCUCGAACCCCAACAACCACGAGGAGAAGGUACACCUGGUCAGGAUCAGCGACCAACUCGACAACCUGAGCAAGAAGAUCGGCAGCAUAGAGCGCCAGCUCGAGAUCGUGCACGGAGUGCCGCCCCCGAGGCGCAAGCCAGCGGCUCACGGACGCAGCUCCCGGCAGUCGGACGGAGGCCUCUCGGUGCUCAACGAGGACGCGGAAGAGGACGGAAACGAGUACGGCAGUGACACGUGCGGAUCGCUCAGCGAACAACUUGAGCCUCGCCAGGAGAGAGAUGAUCUGAUCAACCCCUAUUGGAUUGAGGACAAAGAGCUCAAGAGAGGUGAAGUGGAAUACUUGCCAGGACCCGAGAUCCAGUUCUGGAAGGACCUGAUCGAGAAGUACUUGUACCCCAUCGACGAGAACAAGGAGGAGCAGGCCCGGAUCGCGGCCGACUUGAAGGAACUGCGGAAUCGAGUGGUGUUCGCCUUUUUCAUGCUCAACGCACUGUUCAUUCUCAUCGUGUUCUUGCUGCAACUGAACAAGAAGCAGCUGCACGUCAACUGGCCGCUGGGCGUCAAGACCAACAUCACCUUCAUUCCGGACACGUCUCAGGUGGUGAUCGAGAAGGAACACCUGCAGCUCGAGCCCAUCGGUCUCAUCUUCGUGAUCUUCUUCGCCGUCAUCAUGGUGAUACAGUUCACGGGAAUGUUGUUCCAUCGUUUCGAGACCAUGUCGCACAUCCUGGCGUCCAUCGAGCUCUCCUGCUGCCAGCAGAAGGUGGAGGACGUCAGCGACGACGCUUUCAUCGACCGGAACGCCAUACAAAUCGCCAGGCAGCUACAGAGGCUCAAGGGCAUCGACGAAGAUGACGAUAACAGUGACGAGUACUUAGGUCCGGAGCGGCUAGAGCGCCGCAAGACGAUACAGAACCUCGAGAAGCGCCGUCACCAGCGAGCCAGGACUGGAACCUUGGAUGUGGCGUUUCGGAAGAGGUUUAUGAGCAUCAACGCCGUCGAUGCAGAAGCUCACGCAGGGACGCCGGUGCUGAGUGGCCUGCGGCGCUUCAGCCGGAACCGGGACACCCUGCGCGCACUGGAGGUGCGGCGAAACACGGUGCUCGCCAACCACAGCAAGAUGCAGACGCUGGGUGCCAAGAACCAAUACUCUGCCGCCGCCGCCGCCGUCGCUGCGGCCGCUGGCACCGGCGGCCCUCCGGGUGUGCGUACGCGCCACCGAAACAACAACGUUCCCGCCGACCGCGUGUUCUCGGGUGCCAACGGCGAGGGCUACACCAACGACGCGUACGAAACGACCACGCCCGACGAGGACGGGUCCGCGGCGGCGCGCCAGAGUCUACGGCUGCAGGUCUACAACGACCGCAGGAGCAGCGUGGCGAGCUUCGCCGAGGACUCGGAGAGCGGUGUGCGCAAGCCGCGCCACAGCCACAUGUGAUCUUGGACUACGUCUAGAAGGGAUUGUGUGUGUUUUCGUGUACUAAUAUAUAGCACCCAGCGGUGGAAGUCAAUGCUCAGCGUCGAAGGUGCUCCAGCCGAGUCGCGUGCUUCCGUCGUCAGUACUCGACGGACUUUCGAGGAGAGGACUCGGCGAACCGUACGCAGUGACUACAGCGCACCAGUCACGUUGUGUUCAACCGCGUAUUGCAGCAAGCGUCACCUGCCAACGAGUCGCGACGCUGACGUCUCGGCAGAUAACCGGUGGCUGACCUUUCGUUCUGCUUGAGUGCGCGCAUCGCUUAAAAACGCUUCACGAGCACUCGCCAUUGCGUGCACUAUCGGCUGUGCGCGAGGAGGCGAGAUGGUCAGCGGUGAUUAAGACUACCCGCUCAUAAUGCACGCAUGUAUUCGGCCGAGCUUGUAAACAGCACGCCUUUAAAUCAGGGCACCACGUGCUCAGGUGCUGGCCGAGAGAUUCUCGCGUUACAACUUCUGAGAAAUGUUCGUGUGCGAUGUAUUUUGAAAAUCCCAAGGAGAGUGAAUGAUGGUCGUCGGUCUUCCGGUGAUAAGCUUUUAUUGCAGCAGUCAUCCGUACCCAAAACGCUCCUGAGACGAGCCACAAGAACAUAAGAAACAUUUCUAGAUUUCUUAUCUAGAUUUCGAGAUAAGAAACGCGUUCAUCGUUGCCGAGUUUGAAGUGCCACACUUGUGACGAAAAAAAAGAAAAAUCACAGCUUAGUUCUUGCGAGCCUCCGCUGAAGCGAGAAGGAUGAAUUCCUCAAGACACGUUAUAAAUGAAGUAAAAUGUGACCUAGACCUCGGCACAGAAAAAAAAAUUAAUCUUAAAAUGUCUUUCAGGAGGACGAAAAGUGACGACAUAAUCUGAAACACCCGUACAUUGCGGCCUAUUCGCAUUGUUUAAACGACAACUCGCACCUUUGCGCCUUUCGUUUCAAGCAAGUUUACCAACGCAUUCGUCUUUCAAACGUAGCUCAGUCACCGGUUAUGAAAAAAAAAAAAAGGCGUUCAUGUGACCAUGUGUUCCUUUGUGCCCUGUCCAGCGCACUGAGGAAAACAACACGUUUCAGCCAUCGUAGUCGAUGUCACAGCCGAAUUCACAUGCUCAGUUAGCUUUCAGUGCAAAGUUAUACCUUCGGCACGGCGCGGAAGCGCCGAAUGUGCCGCACCGGUGAGAGACCAACCUGUGCUUGUGAGAAUGCCUCCGGGCAAGGUCACAAAAAAUCAAGAGGCUUUUCGAAGCGCGCAACGCAGAUAAUGCUGAUUAUAAGACUCUAGAAGACUCUUAACGUGAAAAGUUGUGGACUAUAUAAAUCGAAGUAUAAGCAAGCAAGGCUAAAAAGGCAUACUUCCAAAUGUCGACAGCUGUUUGCCAUCACUUCCUUGUUAGCUGCGAAUGGCUCCGACUUUUAACGCUGCACUUAAACGCUAGCGCUGAAGUCUCUUCAAAGAAAACAAUAAGAGCGUUCUUUUAGCUAAAUUUGUUGUGCAAUGAAUGUUUUGUGGAAGAAAAAAAAUAGUACUGUUGUGUGUGGCCUUUAGAGGCGUGUUGAUGCGUGGUCACGCCUUUAACGACGCUCGCGUCAACACGCAGCCACUGUUAAAUAUUGCACCGAAACUCUGUUCAUAUAUUUUUUUUGCCUACUCCGAAAGGCCCAGAAACACUGGGUAAAUAAACUGAUCACUGCCCUGACCUCAGAUUAUAUCGCAAGCGUGAUUCGUCCAGGUCGGGCCGACCCGGUCUGGAUAGAGGAAAAUAAAUAGAAGUGGAGGGAUGACCCACAAAGAUAUCUUGCGAGGCCUAAAUGUGUUCUUGUCCUAUGCCUC